AUGGCUGCUCUUACUGAUGAUACUUACGAAUCUAUUGGCUUAGUAAAACCUGAAGUUUAUGUCUAUGUGAUACCUCCACGUCAAUCAACAACACGUAAGCAUCGUGCUGCAGAUUGGAAACUAGACUCGCCGAAUUUCAUCUGUCGUUUGAAAGUAAUUACAAAAGGUGAAAAGUGUUUGAUACGUUUGGAAGAUCGUAAUACGGGCGCACAUUUUGCCACAUGUCCAGUUGAAAGUUAUCCGUCAAUUGCCGUUGAAAAUGUCGAAGAUUCCACGCGUUAUUUUGUUAUUCGUGUACAAAACGAUAAUGGUCAACAAGCCUUCUUAGGCAUUGGUUUUAACGAUCGUUCGGACUCAUUCGAUUUUAAUGUCGCACUCCAAGAUCAUUUCAAAUAUCUCAAACAAGCAAAACAAAUUGAACAAGAAGCUCAACAGACUGCAAGCAAUCCAUCACAAGCGCAACAACCGAAACUGGACUUGAGUUUCAAAGAAGGACAAACAAUAAAGAUUAACCUGAAAAGUAGUUUGCCGGGCGAUGAACAUGCAAAGAAACCUAGUAAGAACACAAACGAUUCAUUCGUACCCGGAAUUCUACCACCUCCGCCAGGCUCAUCAAUUCCGAAACUAACACCACCACCUGGUUCGACAAUUCCGAAAUUCGCACCACCACCCAGUUCGGUCAAUGCAAGUGUAACCCCAUCGACAGCAACGCCAACGUCAACUACUACCAAUACCACUAAUACAAAUGUUCAUUCCGAUUUGAGUUGGAUGCAAUUUUAA